GAAGAUGAUGGUGAUGAUGAUUAUGUGACACUGUGGCCAGCCAAUAAGCAUGCAAGGAGGGAGUGGAAGGGGUGUGUUCAGAGGCUGAUCUUGGAUCUGAUCGAUGCUGAGGAGAUCGAGGAGGAAGACGGGGAAGAGAGGGAGGUAGAGGAGGGUGGGGGAGGCCUUGUCCAAGCUGAGAAGCGGCAACACUGGCAUAAUAAAAGAGGAGAAGAGGAGGAGGAAGAGGAGGAGGCACGGAGGAAGCUGUUGCCUGUCAAAGGGGAAUCAACCUGUGCUGUCAUGGACAAAUAUCGACCAAAGAGACCAACCACCCUGGCUCUGUUCCCACAGCUGCCACAAGCUGGCACCCAGGACUCCAUCAACAACAACUCUUUAGGCAAGAAGGACAGCUGGAAGGACUCCCGCUCCUCCUCCCCACAUAUUACAGGGGAUAUAGCACCAGCAGAUAUCCAACCAAAAGCAGAGGACAAAGUUCGGCACAACACGCGCCGCCCGGCACCAAAACCCCCCACAGCCAAUGGAGCAAACAGCAGAGUCAACACUCAGGCUGCUGCCACCACGGCAGAUACACGCGCUCGAGUGCGGGAAAGACAAGUGUCAGGGGCCACGCACACGCAGUCCUCAAGCACACCAAGGACGCCAAGGAGUCACAGGAGAGGAGGAGGAAGAGGAGCGCCGGCGAUGAGAGAGAGGAGCCUGGGGGACAUCAGAGGAAAGGAUGGAGUGACGGCAGGGAAGGAAGAGAGAAGAGGAGGAAGACUGUGUGAGGAGUCCAAGGGCAAGGAGAAGGAGAAAAAUACACAUCAAAGGCCAAGAGUAACAAAUGGACUGAAAAGCCGGGGGGCCGAUGGGAAAGGGAAAGUAGGUGCCAAAGGGGUUAAUAGAGGAGGGACAUUCAAGCCAAAUAACAUACUGUCUAACCAGGAAGUUUAUCUGCCAGCCAUGGUGGUCCCACGCACGCCUGUAGCACCAAGAAACCAGGACAAGACCCAAGAACAAGGCCAAAACCAUGACAGGACCCAAGACAACCCCCCUAUCCUCUCGCGGUCCAGCAGCGAGGGGGGGUCAAACAGAAUGUCACUGAGCUCAGACACAGAGGGCCCCCCACCAGGGCCCCUGCAUCCCUCUCUAUCCCACCGAACCAACCCUGACAUCAGAGAAGAAGAGGGGGAGGGAACUCCGACUCCCUCUGUGAACGUCCAGAACGGUCCAACCCUCUGCCUUGCAGGUAAUGAAAAAACAGAGAUGGACUCUACUAAGUCAAAGGUCCAUGCAGGGGGAGAAAAAGGUGACAAUAACACUGAGGUGUAUAGCACCAACUAUGUCACUCAGAGAGAUUGUGUGGCUGCUCAGACUGUACCAAAGAGUGAAGCUACAGCAGGGUUAAAUUAUGACUCUGUUAAGUACACUCUGGUGGUUGAUGAACACGCUCAAUUGGAGUUGGUCAGCCUCAAGGACUGCUUGCACGGUUACAACGAGCACAAUGAUGACAGCGAUGCAGAGACGGUCUAUCAGUCAGCCAAUGAGGAGGAAGACCCAGAGUAUGAGGAGGAGAGAAAGAGGAGAGAGGAAACAAAGAAGCAAGAGAGGCGGAAAGAGGAGGAAAAGAGAAGAAAGGAGGAGGAUGAGAAGAAGAAGAGGAGGGAAGAGGAUGUGAAGAGGAGGAGAGAGGAGGAGGUGAAGAGGAGGAGGGAAGUUGUGGCAAGGGUCUGCAAGCAGUCCAAGGUAACAUCAACCACAACUUCAGAGGAAGAGGAGUCUAACGGAGGAAGGGCCAGAGCUUCCAGAAGUAAGAAGUUCCUCAACCUGUUUUCCAACAACAGCAGUCAUUACAGCGCCACUGGUGCUGGGUCAUUUGGUGUGUUCUCCUGUGUUUUGGACGGAGUGGAGAGACAACAAAGCCACAGAGCUACCUACAGGUUUGUCCCUCGUCAUGCAGAUGAGCUUUACCUAGAGACAGAUGACCCAGUGUUAAUGCUGAACCAGUCUGAGGACCUGUGGUGUCAGGGUUACAACAUGAGGACUGGAGCGACCGGCAUCUUCCCUGCCUUCUAUGCUGUCAAGCUGGCCAAAGAAUAUGACCAAGUCCAGAAAGAUGGCUGGGUAGAGCAGUUCCAGGGGCGGUUCCUGGGUUCAGUACAGGUCCCGAUCCACAAGGGCAACGACAUGCUUUGUGCUGCGAUGCAGAAGGUGGCGUGUAACAGGCGGUUAGCAGGGCAGCCUCCUUCAACCUGUGUGCUGGAGGUCAGUGUGAAAGGUGUGAAGAUCAGUGUCCAAGACCAGUGUCACUCUGCUCAUAGGGGGGACCAGUGUUUCCACUUCUUCCAGUUGAAGAACAUCUCAUUCUGUGGCUGUCAUCCAAAACACAGCAAGUAUUUUGGUAUCAUCACCAAACACCCUGACCAAGAGCGCUUUGCCUGUCAUGUGAUGAUGUCAGAGACAACACUACAUCCUCUGGCUGAGUCUGUAGGGAGGGCAUUCCAGCAGUAUUAUAAGGAAAACGUUGGCUACUCCUGUCCCACUGAAGACAUCUUCAUUGAAUAACACCCCUCCCGCAUCCACAAUAUGUACUGAAUACUCACUAUGUGCAUGUAAGCCUGGUCUUACACAGCGAACUGGACCACUGAUUUAUCCUUAUCAGAGUACUUGCAUGGUGGAUUUCCUUUCUAACCUGCAUCCAGUGAUACAGCGAGCUUUCCCUUUCCUUUGGCCAUGUGCCAAUAUUAAUACCUCUAUGGAUGGAUAGGAUCACAUGAAAUAUUCUAUACACUGGGAACAAAUGUAACAUAAACUUACCCAAAUUCAAAUACACAUAUCCGAUAUUGAUAUAUUUUAUGGGUUAAAAUUACUUGUAUGUAACUACACGUAGAUAUUGACUGUAAAACCAUAUAAACAGCCUUUAUGACUAUGAAGUUAAUUUAAGGACAGAAUGUUUAUAUCAUCCUUUUUUUUUAAACUUGCAGCCAGUGCUGAAAUAAAUAAUAAUUUACCAGUGACAGUUUUGGUAACUGAUCAACCAGUUGAGUCAUGUAUCAAAAAACAAGAGUUAUCAGCCACAUUAGCAGCUCUGUGAGUCUGUAAAUGCCAAUUUCAUCAUGCCAAGAUGUGCACAAUGGCAGUGUUUACCAUGUGAGCAACUACCACUUGUUAAUUAGCAAUUGAAAGACAAAGUACAGCUGAGGCUAAUGGAAAUCUCGUUAGUUUGCAGGUAUCUGACCAUAAACCAAGAUCCGGAUCGCCAAAGCUGUCACACUUUAUCCUGCAGGGAACAUGAAUGUCUGUAAAAGAGUUCAUGUCAGGCUAUCUAAUUUUUGUCAAGAUAUUUUAGAAAAAAUGUUGGACACUGACAUCUGGAAAGCCACUCUAUACAGAUAACAAUCAAAAAGCUGAACAUUAAUGGUUAUUACUGUUUUUUUCUUUCAUAUAAUUCCGUGUUCACACAAGUUAAACAAUUUAAAGACAUCACAUUAGGAUGUGGGAACUUGAUGAUAAGCCUUUGCCAUUAUUUGUGACAUUUAAUACACUAACUGAUUGGUCAGUAAAGUAAAAAAACAAAAUAAAUUCAAUUCAAAAAGGUUUCUGGCAAUAAUACUUAAAUCUUUAAUUUAUUGUCAUAUUUGAUGUCACGGCAUGAUGAAUGCACUUAAAUGAAAAUAAUCCAUAUCUGCUUGAGUUCUAGUUUGUAUACUGUUAAGUUAAACGUUAAGCAUACUAAAUACAUUCAAAAAAAGUUCUCAAUCUUUGAUUUCAGCUUGUAAAAACUAUAACCAGUAUGUUGAAUAAAAGGAAAAUGUAUCUAGAAGUCUUGCAUAGGAGGUAAAGUGGCAAAACCUAGCAAGUUGUGAGAUUUGUAUUUUAUAUAUCUAUUUUACCUAUCUAAAUGAUUAAGUGGGAGUGCAAUGGAGAAGAGCAUCACCAUUACUUAACAGUAAUCUUUUUUAACAAAAUGAAAUUCUAAAGUUCAAUAUACAUAGGUCAGCCAUGUUAGUGAUCAUGAGCAGUGUGCUUACUUGGAUAAGCAAGUAGCCACUGGCUGUUGAAGUCAACAAACUAGAAUUCCAGUUACAGAUAUUUCCAUGAGUAUUGCAGCUUGAGCUUGAACUUCAGUGUCAAAUAAUGUCAAACCAGUUUCAGGUGAGACACAAAUUUCAAUUUUACAUUUAAGAGAUGGCCUGUAAUCAAGGAAUCGAACCAAACCAACCUGGUCAACCCAACCAUACUUACCACAAACACCCUUAAGAUAUGAAAAUCUAAGAACAAAGCAAAACUGCAUGUUUAUAAUAAGAGGGUUAAUGUUCUGUCUUUAAAUUAACUUCAUCCUUGACUCUACAGUAAAUAAGGGCUUCUCAAGUCUCCCCCAACAGUUUAAAAGACUUUUUAUUAUUCGCACAGAAAAGGACAGACUGAUGUUUCCGAAAUAUAAAAAAGAUAUAUAAAAGAAAGUAUUAUUCUGUAUUAUAUAAACCCCAGACUUGACAAUCUACUAUUGAAGACCUUUGGAGGUGCUGUUGAGGUGCCUAAUUUCUCCAUUUGCUGCUUGAUGUUUCUUUUCUUCCAAAUGUGGUUCCAACUACAAACCCUUUGUGCCGGGCUUCUCUGGUUGAAAGAUUCCAUAUUUUUCCUUUAACUCUGUGUAAUAACAAGGCCCAAAUGAGGCUGUGCAAUUUAGUAUGUGUGCAAAAGAACAGACUGGUGAGAUGUUGGAUCACUGUACAGUCAUGUCCAUGUCUGUCCACAUUAUUCGCCUCAGACUUCAUUUGCAUUGGCUGCUCAAAACUAGGACCAAAGUUGGGGUCAAGUCAAUAUGGAAAUACUUACUUCUAGUAAGGCAGAGGAUUUGUUUCCAGUUUUUUUCGUCUUGUAUUUUUAAAAGGAAAUACUGAACAUGGCUUCUAAAGACUUACCUUCACAAACUGACUCACAAUCUGACUUGCUUAUAUUAACAAAGAGAACUCAUUUCUUGUUUUUGUCAAUCCACAAUGUCUGCCGGAUAUGUAAAGAGACAAAUAUUUGCUAAUAAGUUUUAAGAUCCAGGAUAUGAAAAUGUGGACUGGGAUUUCCACUCUUUUGGAAUAUCUUUGCACAAGCAGUUGAACUUUAUAUUAUAAUAGUAUAAACCAAUUUGAGCAGGUAAAGUCAAUGGAAAUGAAGCCUGAAAUAUUUUGUGUUCAAAAAACAGUGCCUAUUUUUUCUGAUGUAGUGAUUAUGACUGUCCUCUGUAUUAACUGUUGACUUCAGAUGUCUCCAAUCACAGAAUCUAAAUAUAUACAACAGCCAUUCUCAUUUUUAUGAGUAGUCUUGUAGCUGGAUUUGACUUGGUACACCUAGAUGGCUGUCAUGGAAUAUUAAAAAAUGUAACUGGGACCCCAAAGACCUGAAAUUAGGCCAACCAAGGUUUACCUGGUACAUGUAGUUGGUGCUUUCCGUCAGUCAGUCAGUCAUUGUGCUUUAAUGCAGUUUGAAUGAUUACAUAUUUAGUUUAUGAUUGUUUAAUGUUUUGGUGAGAUUUUGCACAUCUGUGUGUGAAUAGAAAUCAUUAAUAUGAUAAUAGUUAACAUUGGUACUAGCAGUAUUAAAGUUAUAGUGCAUAGUUUCUGUCGCCCCCAUGUGGAAUUCUUAAUAAUGACAACAGCACUGUUGCAUCCACAUGAUACAAGCCUUCCGUGGUUGCUCACGCCCCCCCCAUGUAACGGGCAUUGAUAUAAAAAAAGUUACGCACUAAAGCUUAGUUUUAUAGUUUUAGCUGAGGUUUUUGUGAAGGAGUUAUUGUCCCAUGAUCUUGCUGCUUUUGUAGCCUAGGGAGGAUGGAAAUGCAGGGCGAAAUGCUAAACACUUGAAUAUUUUGGCAUGAAAAUGGUUAAAGAUACUUAAACAUCUAUAUAAGGCAUGCAGCCUCUUUCUGAAAAUA